AUGUAAGCUUGUAACUUAAGUUAAUCUUAAAUGUUCACUUAUAAGAAUAUCCGUGGUAAAGACAUUGAGGGAAAGUCGGAGUUGAAGACAUGCGUCGUAGUUCCCGUAGCAAAUGUCCCUGCUUACAUCAUGGCAAUAGUUACAGGCAACUCAAGCACUGCUGAUGUUGGGCAACAAGGCAACUCAAGCACUGCCGAUGUUGGGCAACAAGGCAACUCGAGCAUUGCUGAUGUUGGGAAACAAGGAAAUGCUUCCAAUGACACAAUAAUGUUUGCAACAGCAACACAUGCAGAGCAGAUCCCAGAUCUUAAGGAUUAUGGCUUCAAUGUGACUUAUAAUAACUUUGAUUGGAAACAGGUUAAAGAGAAAAGAGAUGCUUACAUCAAGAGGUUGAAUGGUAUUUAUGAAAGAAACCUUGACAAGGUCAGUAAAAACCACUCUAACAUGGUUUCACYUUGA